GAGAAGCGGGAAAUGGCUGCUAAGUGCCCCUAAUUAACAUGGCGCCCAGCAGCUUCAAAGCUCCAUGGAGUAAAAGUAGUAAAAUGGUGCUUGGUGUUUCUUAACUCUGAACAAGUUUGACCACUUGGAUUUUUCUUCCUCUUCUGGCAUCCUACCUAGCAGAAGUCAAAGACUAGAAAAAAGGAAUCCUAUCUGAACAUAUCUAUGUUCAUAACAUAACCCUUCGUAACCGUACCGUGGUCUACGAAAUGCGCGCUGAGUGUAUUGCCCUUAGUCUAUAUAGCGCCGUGGGUAACUUAAGCCCCGCCCCUCCCCUGCCCUCAACAAAGAUGGCGCUAGCCGAGCCUCUUUAACCUCUGUGGCUGGGAAUAGGAAAGGAAAAACAGAAGGGCGGGGUGGGGGCGGGAAAGAGGAGCCAAGAAGGAGGGGGAAAGAGGGAUUGUCGGGGGGGUAGUUGGGGGAGAAAAGAGCCGAGGCGGAAGUCGAGAGGCCCCUCAGGUGGAAGUGACGCUGACCUCGCUGCCCAAAAUGUCGGCGCCCAGAGGGAGGUGUAAGUAAUUAAACAGGAAAGCGGACAGACUUUCCCGGCCUCCCGGGGUCCUGCCUGGUCUCCAAGACCUCCGCAACGCAAAAGCAAGGUGGUCUCGCCUAGUCCCCCGGCCGCCUGACCUGCCCCCGCCCUGGACGCCGGAGACUGCACCUUCUAGGGACAGGGAAAGGGGUACAAAGGGCCAGUUUUCCGGGCCUUGUUCGAAAGAUCGAGCGGGGGAGGGGGGCUUGCAGCACCUCACACUAUGGGGGUGCAGGGGGCGGAGCUUAUGGUGGUUGGGGCGGGGCAGAACUGGAGGAGGAGCUUGUUGAGGCGUGGUUUAUAGUCUGAGAGGAGGGGUUUCAAGAAAGGGUAGAUAGAGACUGGUUAGAAAAUGGAAUACAAAGUGGGGCCUAGUAAAGAGGCGUGAAUCACAUGCAAUGGGGGAAAGGGCCUUGGUUGAAAAAAUUUAAGAAACUUAUUUAGGUUAGUGGGAAAGUGGGGUCCAGUAAGACAAGAGAGGCCCAGAGUAUGUUGUGUGAAGUUUGCCUGAGGUGUGACCUAGAGAAAAGCUCACCAUGACAAGGAGGCUGAUGUAUGUGUGCAAUUUGGAGGCUUUUAGUAGAACCGUCAGGUUUUUAUCAUGAAGUUAAAAAUGUUGGGAGGGAGCUUAGCGGCAAGCUAAGAAAGUAAUAGGAAAGUAGAGGUGAUUGUAGAAAAAGUCCCAGUGAAGAUCUAACUUAGAAAAGUCAAAUUAACUUAGAACCAUACAAGAAUAAAGGAAGUAAGAGGAACUUCGUCAGACUACUCAGUUAAGUCCUAUCUGUUCCUCGGCUUUCCUAAGUGCGAGGUACACCUUGCUACUUAGCUCAAACCAUCACUGUAUGAGAGAAAGCCCCAAGCUACCACCAAACCUCCCACCAUGGAUGACCCCUCGCUUCCUGUGGUUCCUGCUGCUCCAGGGCCAGCGCCAUCUGCCACUGCGCCUCGGGUCCCCUUUCACUGCAGCGAAUGUGGCAAGAGCUUCCGUUACCGAUCCGACCUGAGGCGCCAUUUUGCUCGACACACAGCGCUCAAGCCCCACGCAUGUCCUCGAUGCGGCAAGGGCUUCAAGCAUAGCUUCAACUUGGCUAACCACCUGCGCUCACACACCGGUGAGCGACCCUACCGAUGUUCCGCCUGCCCUAAGGGAUUCCGAGACUCCACUGGCCUGCUGCACCACCAGGUCGUCCACACUGGUGAGAAGCCCUACUGCUGUUUGGUCUGCGAGCUCCGCUUCUCCUCUCGCUCCAGCCUGGGCCGCCAUCUCAAGCGUCAGCACCGGGGCACACUUCCCUCUCCCCUGCAGCCUAGCCCGGGCCUGCCUCCCUUGAGCUCCCCCUGCUCAGUAUGUUGCAACGUUGGUCCCUGCUCAGUUUGUGGAGGUGGAGGGUCCGGUGGAGGAGAGGGCCUGGAGGGAGCUGGAGCGACCAGCUGGGGACUGGCAGAGGCUGCAGCAGCUGCGGCAGCUUCGCUGCCCCCAUUUGCAUGUGGUGCCUGUGCCAGGCGUUUUGACCAUGGUCGGGAGCUGGCAGCCCACUGGGCUGCACACACUGAUGUGAAGCCAUUCAAGUGCCCGCGUUGUGAGCGCGACUUCAAUGCACCUGCGCUGCUGGAACGCCACAAGCUCACACACGACCUGCAGGGGAGCAGUGCACCUCCAACACAGGUUUGGGCCUCGGGUGGGGCUCCAGAGGUGGCAGGAGAGGGUGACACAGCGGAGGUGGGGGCCACCCCACCAACUUGGGACGCCGGGCUACUCCUGAGCCCUACUGGUGCAGGCGUUCCCAAACUGGAGGCACUGCUUCCCGAGGAUGAGGGCGCUGGGAAUGCCCAGGCUCCGGCUGCGGCAGCCGAAGCAUCCUCAGAAGACACACUGUACCAAUGCGACUGCGGGACCUUCUUCGCGUCUGCCCCUGCUUUAGCCAGCCAUCUAGAGGCGCACUCUGGCCCAGCCACGUACGGCUGUGGCCAUUGCGGGGCGCUGUACGCAGCACUGGCCGCCCUGGAGGAGCAUCGGCGUGCAAGCCAUGGUAAGGGCAGCGGGGAGGCAGCCCCCGACGGUGAGGGUGAGCAGGUGGCUGGAGGGCCCGGACCCGGUUCCUCCAGCCGUGGCAAGAAAAUCUUUGGCUGUUCUGAGUGCGAGAAGUUGUUCCGCUCUCCUCGAGACCUGGAAAGGCAUGUGCUGGUCCAUACUGGGGAAAAGCCAUUCCCGUGCCUGGAGUGUGGCAAGUUCUUCCGCCAUGAGUGCUACCUCAAGCGUCACCGGCUGCUGCAUGGCACAGAGCGGCCCUUCCCCUGCCACAUCUGUGGCAAGGGCUUCAUCACGCUUAGCAACCUCUCCAGGCACCUGAAGCUACACAGGGGCAUGGACUGAAUAACCAGGACGCCCCUGCCCACUAAGUCCAGAGCCAGACCAUGAGAUGAGCCAGGCCCCUGCCUGGAAAAAUGGUGCCGCCCAGAACCCACAUAGGACCACAGUGAAGCAUCUUUUAGCAAAGGGAUCCAAGAACAUAAUUGUUGGGGAAUUUCUCUCUGAAAUCUACAGAGACUCUUGACUUUGAGACCCCUGGAAUGUGGCAUGUUCAAAUCAGCUGGCCUCCGAGACCGGUGACGUAGUAAUGAAAACGGGUCUGCACUCACAUCUCUCAGCAGAUAACAUGUGGGCACCUCCAUGGUGUUAACCACCCACCACUCCCUGUGAGCCAUCAUUCCAGGUGACCUUCAUUAGGGAAUGGGGGUGGGGCAAUAUCUUGAACUCCUCCAGGAUCCCCUCCAGAUGAUACCUGUCAGCCACUGGUGGCCCCAGAAAAUGAGUAUAACCGAAAUCUGCCUUCCCCCCAUUUUGCUUCCUAUACUGAAAGAGGACCAGGGUAGAUACCCCCCACCUUCAAUUAACCCACUAUCAGAUUAGGUCUCCCUUACUGCAGAAUGGUCUGACCCUACUGGUCUCCCCCAUCCUAAACACUAGAUUAGACUGGCCCAAAGUCUCCCCGCUCUUUAGGUUGUACUGACCCAGAUGCACAUACUCCUAUCCACUUAGAAUGGGCUGGUGUCUGGAAUGGUUAUGGCCUAACCCCACUCUCCUUAGAGUAAUAGGGCAGACAUUCCCUUAUGCUGUAGAGCGCAAUCCUUUGACCACAGUUGUCCCAAUCCUGUGACCUGGUGGAGGUGGUAGACAUUGAGGUUUUCCUCCCCCUUGACUUGUAGUACUUUGGUCUUCCCAUCACUACAACUUGACUCUUUGUUCCAACGCCACAAGGGGAUAGGGGAACUUGGCCAGGGGUUUCUCCCCUGUGAGCCUCAACCUGACCCCUGACCCCUCUCCCCAAUGUCUCUGGGACUCCAAUAAACCUCAUUCAAUCA